AUGCCGACCGAAGAAGAAGCUCUAGCAGUUUAUCAGUCGGCCAUUCACUUCGAUGGCCUCAACAUCUGCAAUUUCUCCCAAGACAUCUUCCAAGCAUGGAAAGAUGGCGGCUUUACUGGAGUAUCCUGCACCUGCGGCCUAUGGGAGGGUCUUCGCGGCAGCCUCGCCAACGUCGUUCAGUGGAAGGAAUGGUUCGAAGAGUAUCCAGACUUGAUAACGCAAGCACACACAGUCAAGGAUAUUCGAGAGGCUAAGAAGUCUAGUCGUACAGCUGUACUGCUUAGCUGGCAAAACACAGCGGGCAUUGAGGAUCAAAUAUCAUAUCUGCGUGUGUUUAGGGAUCUUGGUGUUCGAAAGAUGCAACUCACAUACAAUACCCAGAACUACAGUGGUGCUGGAUACACGGAGCUCAGAGACUCUGGCUUGACGGGAUUUGGACGAGAGGUAGUUGACGAGAUGGCAAAGCUAGGCAUUGUCUGUGACCUUAGUCACGUCGGCCCUCAAACGUCUGAGGAUGUCAUCAACUACGCUCCCGCUGGAAAACCUCCAUGUUUUUCACACGUCUUGCCGAGUGGAUUGAAGCAACAUCCCCGCAACAAAGAUGACGGCUUGAUCAAACUUUUAGGAUCCAAGGGUGGAUUUGUUGGCCUAAGUCAGUUUGGCCCUCACAUGGCAAAUGAUAACGCCAGCACUAUAGACGAUUACGUCGACGCUCUUGACUACGUGAUCGGUCUUGUAGGUGAAAAUCUGGUCGGUGUAGGGUCGGAUGCCAGUGAAGGUCAUGAACGACCAAGCGACUUCAUGGCCUGGUGCAACAAAGACAAGGGAUAUUCCCGUCAGCUUACUCCUUGGGGCAGUCAAAAGGUUGUCAAGCCGCUAGGGCUAUUGAAAGACCGUGCACAGUUGGCUGUAGCGAUGGCAAGGAAAGGAUGGAGUGAAGAGAAGAUGAGGAAGGUAUUGGGAGAGAACUGGCUGCAGUAUUUAGAAAAGAUUAUUGGUGAAUGA